ACGUUGGCGCUGCCUAGAGCCCGGCGGCCGUUAGCUCGGCUGUCUGUGCGCGUGUCCCGGGAAACCAUAGGGUUGGAAGGACUUUUAAAGAUGUGGGAGGAAAGCCAAAAGCUGAAGAUAGCCCGAUAUCACCGGUCUUCUUAGCUCUACCAUGGUCAGAUUUUAGUCUGGAAGAAUUUGAGGUUACUGAGGGCAACGGCGGGUGGCAGAAAUCAGACACGGUGGAAAUCUAGGUUGGCUCCAGUUGAAACAGCUUGAACGGGGUCCCUGCGACUUACCUUCUGCACCAAUUACGAGAGCGAUGACGUCUGGGUGUUACGAGGUUCUCGAAGUGAGUGGGUAGAAAUGAGAAGACCCAGAGUGCCCAUCUUUCCUGCCCUGCUUCUCUCCGUCUGCACUCUGCCUUGACCUACCCAUGGGACCUCUCAAGGCAUGCCAGGUACUUCCUCCAAGACCUAUUUAGGGACAGGCCCUGGAUAUUCUGAAGCGCCUUUACAUGGAGCACAAAGAUGAUGAUGAUGACGAUGUGUCUUUUGCCAAAUGGAUGAGCAGCUUCUGGGGUCACAGCUGGAUAGAGGAGGAUGAGCGAGGACUCCGGGACCGCCGUGGAUCACAAGACGCCAGUUACAGGAAAAGCUCCCUGCCCUGCCCAUUUCCUGUGCUUCCCAGAAUGAUGUCUUCUGCCAGCCAUCCUAGAAGGUAUUCUUAUGAGGACCAGGGAUUUCGAUGCCACACUCAUGUGCGGGAUCACAGAAAGUGCUCAGGGGAUGGGUCAUUCAAGGAGCCAUUGGAUUCAAAAGGAAGAUCCCAUUCCAAAAUUCAGUCAUUUUCAGACUCCUCUGAACAGCAACUGUGCUUUAGAACCAAACGUUCCGUCUCUUUGGGACCAGAGAGCAGAAAGGAGAGAAAUGAGAGAGAGCGCCGGUUUCUGGAAAUGAGGUCUUGCAAGAAAGCAGAGGAAAAAAGGAGCUCUAGGAAGGAAGAGCAUGGAGAAGCGUACCUGCCCACCCUGUCUGAAAAAGCGCACAAAUAACCCUUUGCUUCUACACCACGACUACUGACGCUGCUGUGUUUUUUGAGCCCCAAUUCACCAGACCCAGGAACGGUACCUGUGAGAGGGUCUGCAGAUGCUGAGUGACUCAGGUGGGUGGUUGAUUCAGCUGCUCCCCAAGACAGCUUGCAUCAUACCCCACCUGCUUUUCAGAGUAUGAUCUACUCUGUUGCCCUUUUAGGGGAUUAAAAAGAAUAAAAGAUAUUUUAAUAGAAUAAAGUUAUUCUUGAAAAUGUAAAGAGAGAUAUUUAAAGAGCCACCCACACAUCUUCACCAACCCUUCUUGCACAUCAGCCUCACAAAUAAUCUUAAAUAAAAGUCAUUGGUGUGACUCGAACUCCUUACUAGAAGUGAUUAUAUAAGUAUGUCUAAUGGCCAUCAUUUAAUGAGAACUGGUAAUUAAAGGUGCCAGGUACCAUGAGGAGAUUUUGAAUGCAUGACCUGAAAUAGUCCUCACCACUCCCAAGGUGAGGCGUUGUCUUUUCACUUGCUGGCAAAGGAAACAGGAGUUUAGGAAAGUUCCGUCUCUCACUGCUGAGGUGGUAAUCAGAGUUAGGGCCAGAGCUCAGCUCAUUCUGACUCAUGUUCCUAACCUGAGGCAGGACAUCCUUUCCCCUUUGGCAGUGGGUCCUGACUUAGUCUGUGUAUGAUUUGCUUAUAAAUGGACAGAUGCGAAUGAGAAAAACAGGACUUGGAAGUGGGUUAUAGUUUUGAUGAUGAGAACUUUUAAGACUUACUCUCUUAGCAACUUUCAAAUAUGCUAUACAGUAUUGUUGACUACCGUCACCUUGCUGUACAUUACAUCCCAUGACUUAUUUGAAACAUGUGGAGUGCUUCACACGGCUCUGCAUGUCACCCUUACACGGGGGCUGUGCUGAGCUUCUCUGUCUGCAGAGAAGUUCCAAUUUUACUGUAUAUGCUGUUGAAGCAGGCACUUUUUAUUCUUUUUCCAGCUUUAUUGAAGUAUAAUUGAUGAAUAAAUUUGUGUAUAUUUAAAUUGUUCAGCAUGGUGAUCGACGUGUAUGUAUAUGACAUCCUUUGUGAAACCAUCACCACGGUCAGGUUAAUUAAACACAUUGAGCCCAUAUUCUAUUUUUCUCCCUAGAAGAAGAGACAGUUGAAAUCUCCCUAUUUAUUCUUUUUUUUUAAAUUAAAAAAAAUAAUUUUAACUGGAGGAUAGUUGCUUAACAAUGUUGUGUUGGUUUCUGCCGUAUAACAAUGUGGAUCAGCCAUAAGUGUAUAUUGGAUAUAUAUAUAUAUAUGUCCCCUUCUCUUGGACCUCCCUCCCCUCCCCAGGCCACCCCCCGGGGUUGUCACAGAACACUGGAUUUGUGCUCCCUGUGUCGUAGAGCAACUUCCCACUGGCUCUCUAUUUUACAUAUGGUAAUGUAUAUGUUUCAGGGCCACCCUCUCAAAUUCGUCCCACCCUUUUUUUCCACUGCUGUGUCCACAAGCCUGUUCUCUACAUCUGGGUCUCUAUUCCUGCCCCCUAUUUAUUCUCUAUCUCUGUCUUGGAUCUUUACCCGCCCACGGGAAGCAAAAAUCUCUAUUUUGUAAAGAUGAUCUCCCAGAACUAUAUCACAACUGAUUGCUUGUGUAAGAACAAACUAACUUUGGCAUAGUUAGUAAAAAAGAAAGAAAAAGAGAAGAGGAAAACAGUGAAAUAAAAGUAAAAUGUUGAUGAUCAUUAACUCGCAUUCUUUCAAUUCAUACAACUUGUACCGUCACCAUUUUGGGUUGAUACUUUCAUGUAGCCUCUCAGUGAUGCUUUUUCACACAAGUAAAAGAUGACUUCACUCUAUUACCUGGUGUGUUUGCCUCCAAGGGGGAGAAUGGGACCUGACCUGUCUUCGAGGUUUGUGUUCUGCUGUAGUUGUGGGGAAAAUACUGGUUUCCCCCCCUUCGCUUGGGUACUUUUCAGUCUUGCUGACCAAAUUGCAGAUGGGGGGAUGGUCUACGCAUCUGCUGUGGCCCCAAAAUAAAGGUCUGGGAAGAAGUGGCCCACCCGUGGGAAGGAGAGAUACCUGGAGUUCUCGGGGCGCGUUGACUGGCUGGCUGAGAGAGUAGCCACCCUCCACUCCUGCCAGGAUACGUGUGAAGGUUCUUCCCCUUCGAGGAUGAUGGUACCUGGGAAAAUUGGAAUUAGGAAUUUUAUUCUAUAUUUUAUCAAAUUGGAGGAAAGUCCAUUUUCAGCACACUUUCAGGACCAUUGUACAUGGAAGAGGGGGGACUCUCUGAAUAUGACUUUGC